AAAGAUGAAUAUAAUGUAAAAUAUAAUAGUAUAGGUCUGUGGCUUUCCAGAUAAAACUUAUAUGAAUAUUUUGACACACAUAUUAAAGUAGAAAGUACCAGUAAAUUAGGCAUGAAGUACUGAAACCACUUGUACCAUUCUAUCCAUUUCAUUAGGUAAGAAAACAGGAAGUGGGUCAUUGCAGAAAUGCAAUCUUUCUUCCUCUUUUUUUCCUCACAAGAAUGUUAUUUGUCAUGUAAAACAUUACCCACAGCUUCACCCUGUUUGCACGGUUUCCCAAAGCAGUAUACAUUUCCCUUCAGUUGGUUUGUGGGCUUCUGGAUGUUUUUGCCUCUCUUCUCUGGACUUAGCGAGAGAAAAAAAAUGCAGGACGUCUUUGGGAUCCUGUUGAUGUUCACAGGAGCUGCAUCAGGUUUGCUGUUUCAGGAUCCUGUUGUCUGUAGAUUUAAUGAGAGUAGUCUGUGUUAUGUAGCUCUGGGACAACGACUGCACCUGCAAAUUCCCCUGGAGUAUAGGUUUGAACUAAAGAUCACAGACAAGACAUCUACCACUCGUUCCAUUUUAAGAUAUAUAAAAACCCAAAGUGACCCACCAAAACCAAAUGACCCAAGAUGGCAGUUUGAUAAAGAUAAAACUAUAAUACUAACCAGUGCAGAGAGGAGCGACUCUGGAACAUACACUUUAGACACCUUUGAUGCAAACGGAAAUAAUAAAGGCAGUUAUACUCUCCAGCUGUACAUUGAAGCUAAGGUGUCCUCAGUGAGCAUCCAGUACAACUGCUUGUUCCCUGAGGUCAGGAAAGUGCACUGUUCUGCUGAUGGAGACAACCUCCAGUUCAGCUGGACUUCUGAAUCAACCAUACGGUUGGAGAAUGAGAACAGCACUCUCGUACUGGAUAAAAAUAAUGAUGGAAAUGUCACCUGCCAUGUCGAAAAUCACGUCAGCCGUGACAACAAUUCCAUUGAACUCCAGUCAUGUCCCAAUUUCACUCUGAUUAUCCUGAGCUUGGUUUGUGUGCUUCUCAUUGUACUAUCGGUCUUAGCGUUCUACAUAUACAAGAGACUAGGCCUAUGGAAAAAAGACCCUUCUCAGGAUGGCAAGGAGCUUGUGUAUGCGGACAUCACCCAUUUACCCACGAACAAGACAGAGACAAGACCAACUACAUCACAAGCUCAGGACAAGGACAUGGAGUAUGCCACGGUGGUCACUCAUCCCAGCCAGAGGAACCAGAAGAAGAACGAGGAAGAGGUGCAGUAUGGCAAGCUGGUGUUUAACACGCCUGACCAAAAAAAGAGCGUGAUGCCCAAAGUGCAAGAAGAGUGUGUGUACUCACAGGUCCAGCAUGGUCAAUAAGGGACACACUCUUAGCCUGUCUCGGUAUGUAUUUUAUUGCAAGAUCAUUCUGGUAGAGGAAGUAGCUGUUGAUGACAUUUCACCCAUACACACUCAUCUCUUACCCAAAAUCAAACCAUUUCACUAUCUGAUUAUCUAAUUACUAAAUCUUUUAGGCUGCAUACAAGCACAGUGGUUAGUGUUUCAUAAAGUGGGUACCAAAAAGGAAUGAAUGAAUUUAUGUAAUUUUCUAUUUAAAUGUAAUGUUUUGCAGUUGCCAUUUUACGUCCAUUCCACUAGGAUGAAAUGAAACCGUGUAUUGAGUGCUGAGUUCCUAGGCUUUUUUCCCCAAAGGCAUUUGUGACUCAGUAUCAUUUCACUAAUGAAGAGAAAAUAAAUGGGAUCUUCCUUCUUGCAGCUUUAAGUGUUGAACUUAAGACACAGCUGUGGCUUCAUGGACAGCUCACACACUGCUCUUUGAGUUGCUCCAUCUUUCAAAACCAACAUUUCUGCUUCUCAGUUUAAAACAAAAUGACACCUUGUCACUGUGGUCAAGUGCUGUACAUAAGAAGUGUGUAAAUUAUUCUACGAGGUUGUUUUCUACCAUUUAAAAAAUGUUACAUGGAUAAAAUGAAUGGUUAAAAUGUCAAAUUGUUCAGUUGUAAAUGGAUUUUCAGCUUAUGAUGUCUAAAACUUUCAGUUUGUGAAAUUGUGUGUGAAAUCAUGCCUUAAGAAUUGACACCUGAUGUUUACUCUCUUGCUAAACACAUGGGCAGAAAAAGCAUCAGCCAAGUCAGAGAUAUUAUUUUUUUAAUUUUAUUUUUAAUUUUUUUUUUUAAAGCUAUAAAUGUGUAUAGAUGGAUGUAUUAUAUUUCACAUUGCCUUGGUUGCAUUGUCAAUUUCAAACUUGUAUCUUUGUAUUAUAUUGCAAUAAUUAAUGGAAAACCUAUUCCUGUAACUAUGCAGAGCCUCUGUUAGUACAUUUAUUCUUGAGUAAAGCAGUGUUUUACAGUGUU